AUGAUGAACCUUUUUCUUACCAGAGCCGCUAGGGUUUCUUCUCUUACCAAACACAAUGCUGUUGCCGCUUUCAAUUCCUCACGGUGUGUCCAUUCGUUACCACUUGCUGCCACAGUAGAAGCAGAAGAGAUAUCUGGUGCAAAGCCUGCUGAAGUUUUGAACUUGGUGCAGGGCAAAUGGAUUGGAUCAUCAAACUGGAAUACAAUUCUGGAUCCUUUAAAUGGAGAGCCAUUUAUUAAAGUUGCUGAAGUUGAGGAAUCAGACAUUCAGCCCUUUGUAGAAAGCUUGUCCAGCUGUCCCAAACAUGGUUUGCACAAUCCCUUCAAGGCACCAGAGAGAUAUCUUAUGUAUGGAGACAUAACUACUAAGGCAGCUCACAUGCUAUCACUUCCUAAGGUUACAGAUUUCUUUGCGAAGCUAAUACAGAGAGUUUCUCCAAAGAGUUAUCAGCAGGCUUUUUCUGAAGUUUAUGUGACAAUAAAGUUUCUAGAGAAUUUCUGUGGGGAUCAGGUUCGCUUCCUGGCUAGGUCUUUUUCAGUACCUGGAAAUCAUCUUGGACAGCAAAGUCAUGGCUUUCGUUGGCCAUAUGGUCCGGUGGCAAUUAUCACUCCUUUUAAUUUUCCCCUAGAGAUUCCAGUCCUACAAUUAAUGGGUGCACUUUAUAUGGGCAACAAGCCAGUCCUUAAAGUUGAUAGCAAGGUGAGCAUUGUUAUGGAGCAAAUGCUGCGCCUUCUUCAUUCCUGUGGCUUACCCGUAGAAGAUGUAGAUUUCAUAAAUUGUGAUGGCAAGACAAUGAACAAGCUGCUGCUAGAGGGAAAUCCAAGAAUGACCCUUUUCACCGGUAGUUCAAGAGUGGCAGAGAAGCUGGCUGUUGACUUGAAGGGCCGUGUUAAAUUAGAAGAUGCUGGGUUUGACUGGAAAAUAUUGGGCCCCGAUGUUCAUCAGGAAGAUUACAUUGCAUGGGUAUGUGACCAGGAUGCAUAUGCAUGCAGCGGUCAAAAGUGCUCAGCACAAUCGUUGUUAAUUAUGCACGAGAACUGGUCUAAGACUUCCUUGGUAUCUAAGUUGAAAGAACUUGCUGAGAGAAGAAAGCUAUCGGACUUGACAAUUGGCCCAGUCCUUACUUUUACAACUGAUGCGUUGCUAGAGCAUACAAAAAAUUUACUUGCGAUACCAGGAUCAAAGCUGCUCUUUGGUGGUCAGCCUUUGGAGGACCAUACAAUUCCACAAAUUUAUGGUGCUAUUAAACCAACUGCAGUUUAUGUUCCUCUUGAGGAAAUUGUGAAGGAUAAGAAUUAUGAGCUUGUGACAAAAGAAAUAUUUGGACCUUUUCAGGUUGUUACCGACUACAAAAACCAUCAACUACCAAUUGUGUUGGAGGCUUUGGAAAAAAUGCAUGCACACUUAACUGCCGCCGUAGUUUCAAACGAUCCUUUAUUUUUACAAGAAGUGAUUGGGAAAACAGUAAAUGGCACUACUUAUGCAGGUCUAAGAGCAAGAACAACUGGAGCUCCACAAAACCACUGGUUUGGACCUGCUGGUGACCCUAGAGGUGCAGGAAUUGGAACACCUGGGGCUAUAAAACUUGUAUGGUCUUGCCAUAGAGAAGUAAUUUAUGAUUAUGGACCAGUAUCAAAGGAUUGGGAAAUUCCUUCUUCAACAUGA